AUGGAGAGUAAGAUAGCUUAUCUCCAUGCAGAACUUGUUGUUGUAGCCGAAAGAGAGAAGAAGAGAGAAGAAAAAGAGAGGAAUAGAGAGAAGGAGAUUGCGGCAGCAAAGGAGGUAGAGAACAAGAGUUUGUUCACAUCAGUCUUUGUGUCUCAGUCGCCAUGUGGCCUGAAUCUCGAUGAGUGCAGAUUGAUUUCAUCAUGUGAUUAUAAAUGUGAGAGGCUCUCCCAGACAAGUUCUCAAAAACGUCAUUCUAUUACUGAUGAGUUGUCUAAAGGUGUUGUAUCUUUUACAUAUCUUUCUGAUUUGAUUCAAUGCUACGAGGAAUCUUCCUUUUGGAUUGUUGCAAAAAUCGUCUGUUUGGAACUUGACCAUGGAUGGUCAUACUUGGCUUGCAACAAUUGUAUUACAAAGGUUGAUACAGAGGGAACCAAAUAUUAUUGUAAAAAAUGCAAUUCUGAAGUUAAAUCUGUUAUUCACAGAGACUAUCAACUACUUGGUAAAACUGCAAAAGAGUUGAAAGAAGGAUUACUUGAAGAUGACGAAAGUUCUUAUCCAACCGAGCUUGGUGAUUUAAUGGAAAAGAAAUUUAUGUUUAAGAGUUUGAUCAAGGACUCAAACAUUAACAGAAAAGAUAAUGUCUAUAAAGUUGUAAAUUUCACCGAUGAUGAUACUCUUUUAAAGGAAUUUUGUCAUCCUGAUCUUCAGGACAGUCUUAAUAAAUCACUUUUUGAGUGUGAGCAAAGCUAUGAUGAAGAUAAACUCUUUGAGACUCCAAUCAAGAGCAGCAUUUCAGAGUGUGGUACACUAAUUACUAAAGAUGUGAUUGAUUUAACUACAAAGAUAUCUACCAAGAGUAGCAAAGCUGCUGGAAAAUCUACAAGGCAUGAAAUUAAAGACGAUUUGAAUGUCAAACAAUGCAGCAACAAAAUUCACAAAGUGAUUAAGAAGGAAAAGAAUGCCUAA